ACAAAGCCCAUUUCUCUCUCUCUCCCCUCAAACAAAGGGAAGCCAUAGCAUUACCUGAACACUCAACACAAUGAAGGAAAACCCAGAAGAUACCAUCACAGAAGAAAGAGAGGAGCUAAUGAUUUCACCCUCUGGUAAAAACCCAACUAGAAGACCAGCCCAUUUGCUCCUCAAACCCUCCGUCUCCUCCAUUGAAGGACCCGUAUUUCACCUUCCUUCAGGUACAUUUCUCUCUCCAACUUCAACUGAUGUCUCAUUGAGAGUGGAAUUCAAAGGGUGUCGAGAACAUACCCACACGUGGAAAUCUUGGUUUGAUCGAAUGCAUUCUAUUCACCAGUCCACUUGGAAAAAGGCCGGAAUCUAUGAAGCCAUUGUCAGUUCCACUUACCAAAUCCGAUUACACAGAGAAAUUGUUCUGGGUUUUGCAGAAAAAUGGUGUUCGGAUACAAACACGUUCGUGUUUGAUUGGGGAGAAGGUACUAUCACUCUGGAGGAUGUUUUGGUGUUGGGAGGGUAUUCUGUUUUGGGGAAAUCUGUUAUAACUCCUCUUGAAAUCAGAGAAAUGGUUGAAAUCGACAACAAAUUGAUGAAGGGACGGAGAGAAAUCCAAAAGAGUAAGUCUAAUAGAGCCGACCAGUCCAAAUGGGGGAAGCUUUUCAUGCGGAGUGGGAGCGAAAUUGAGCACGAAGCGUUUCUUGUCCUGUGGUUAUCCAGGCAUGUUUUCCCAAAUAGUCACAGGUGACUAAUAGGAAUGUUCACAGUAUAGCUAUUCAUUUAGCAAGAGGGACGAGGAUCACCCUUGCUCCCGCAGUUGUGUCGUUGCUUUAUCGAGACUUGAGGUGGUUGAAAAAUGCAAUAGUACUUUCUAAAAGGAAGCGAAAAGUGAGGCUCAGUUUAUUUGCUCCAUUGCAAAUGGUACAGAUUUGGGCUUGGGAGAGAUUUCCCACACUGAGGCCUCAACCCAAUCCCCUUAAACCCGGUGAGCCAAGAAUGGCUAGGUGGAGCAAUAUGAAGAAGAAGGAUAUUGAGAAUGUGGGUAUGGCUCUAAACUCUGCCAGGGAAUAUUUCCAGUGGCGCCCUUACGCCAUUUCUGAGAAAAACUGGGUGUUUCCUAAGUUUUACAUAGAAAGAGAUGAGUGGGUUGUUUCCUAAGUUUUACUUAGAAAGAGAUGAGUGGGUAUCGGUUUGUUUGGGGAUGGUUGAGGAUUUUGAGUUAUUUUCUCGGUUUUUGAGGCCAAGUGAGUUGGUGGGUUUAGACUGCUUAGAAUGUUAUCUUCCUCAUCGUGUUGCUAUGCAAUUUGGGAUGGAUCAAGAUCUUCCUGGUUUGGUGGCUCGUUUCAAUGACACUGCUGAAAUUGCCUGGGAAAAUUACAACAGGCCAAUUAAAGAUGGAAGGCUGUAUGUUCCUUCGAGGUUGUUUAAGUCAGAUGUAACGACUCGAUAUUUGGAGUGGUGGAAGCAAUCAAUGUUAGCUCAGAAAGAUGUAUUAAAGGGAGCCAAAGCAGAGAAGAGCACCAAGGGUCCGCAAAAACCACCCGACGUUCCGAAGGGAAAGAAUGUGGAGAAUGAUGCCUUGGGUACUCCUACCAAGAGAAAGAGCUUCAAACCAGCGAAAUUCAAUCAAAAGAGCAUCACCAACAGCCUGGUAAAAUCACUCCAGAUUCCAAAAGGAAAGAAGCGAAAGAGGGUUGAUAAAGAAGCGAAAUCUGUUGGAAAAGACAAACACAGACUUGGCGACAGUGCUGGAAAGAGAAUGUCUGGUGAUGGGAAAAAGAUGGAAUAUCAGGUGGAACGCAGAGAAAAUACUAUAAGGGGCGAAGCAAUGAUGGGAGGAUCGCAUGGACCCUCUGAAAACAUGAUUGAUAGUCAUGUUGGAAUUCCAAGCGAUGAUGGGAUGAGCAUUGGCACCAAUGGAAGGAAUAUCAGUACCCAAAGCACAAUUGAUGUACCAGGACUUGAAGCUAGAGCUAGCAAGCUUGAGACUGUGUUUGCUCGGCUGAAAGCGGAAAAAUUAGGAGUAAGGUCUAUUUAAGACCCCUUGCGAAGGAGAAAUCUAAUCAGAAUGCCUCACUUUGGCUUUGCCUAUUUUGUCUACUAUAGGACCCAGAUGCUGUUUGCUUGACGAAAUAGAUACAGCAGAUCUUGCGCUCUAAUCGUGAUUUAUUUUGUCAUGAAAGGUAUUUCAACAUCUAUUGGUUACUGUAGAUUGAUGUUAUCUAAUCGGAUUAAUAGUAUUACUCUUUAUGUAUAUGCAUGGGUGUCAGGUUCAGGGUUGAUAAAUGGGUUGAGAGUCUUGAGACAAGUAAAAUUUUCAAAUGCCAAGAAAUUGCUUGCACAUAUUUGGCUUGCCUGUUGUCUGCAUGGCUAUACCGGAUCACCAGCUAUGUGUUUGAAAAGAAGGUAACAGAACCAAACCAAACCAAAUAGAGCCUUAAGUCUCAAUCAAUUGCGCUCAACUACUGGAAAGAAGGAAGCAUCAUAUAAUUUCACACUUAUUUACCAUUUCUAAUUUUUUUCAAGUUGCAGUCUACAAUUUACUUCUCAAAUAGUCUUUUCCCGUGUUUCGAACAAUUGAUCACAGUUGGUGUGUUGGGCUGGUUAAAUCCUUUCUUACUGAUAAUUGCUUCCUUUUUCGUUAUAAAAUGAACAUAUAUGUACACAAACUAGCGUACAAUGCCAGUACCUGCUGCUAUUGUUACAGAGCAUAUUGAAAUUCAAAUUUCACAUGGUUUAAACCUUUGUUGAUGCAUAUCUUCAUCCACGAGUGCUAUUCCAUUUAGUUGUAUUGUUGCUUGUUCUUUAUCUGUUUGAAUCGUCGUUCUCAUAAGCCACGUAAGGAAAAAGGGCAGAGUGUCGGAUGUUGCAAGUAUUGAUCAGUCAACUGCAAGUUGCAACCGUUUGAAAUUACAUGAAUUUAACAGGGUUUUUGCAUAUUAUGUUUAAGAUACUAAACAAAUAGGCCCAUUUUGUAUCGUUAGCCCUUUUUUUGCCUAUCUGCAUUGAUGAAGGAUAAUUGCUAAGAAUCAUAACUGUGCCUCUCAGAGCAGCCCUCCGUUUUUCAGAUAUAGCUUCAAAUAAGAAGCCUUUGGAUUGGAACACACGGAUGGAAAUUGCUGAAGGUGCAGCAAGAGGUCUCGAAUACUUGCAUGAAACAGCUAACCCUCCGGUGAUUUACCGUGAUUUCAAAGCAUCUAACAUACUCCCAGACAGGGAAUUCAAUACAAAGCUUUCGGAGUUUGGGCUAGCCAAGCUUGGUCCAACUGGUGAUAAGUCCCAUGUAUCUAUAAAUGUGAUGGGAACGUAUGGGUACAAGCGCGGCGUGGCUGAGUAUGCUUAUCACCAGUUGAACGUAUGGGCUAGCCAAGCACGGCUGAGUAUGCUUUGACAGAUCAGGUCACAGCAUAGUUGGAAACCUGGGCAGAUCUCUCUUGACUAAGGUUGCUUCUGUCAUU